GUACCCCACCACGCCAUUGGCGGAUUCCUUAUAAGUAAACGGUAGUCUCUUGUGUCCAAGAAACAAAAUCACAAAGAAAUUUCAAGAAACUGCUCUCUCUGUCUUAACGCUAUAAUCAUAGAAGAAAAAUGGGUUUGAAGGAGGAAUUCGAGGAGUAUGCGGAGAAAGCUAAGACCCUUCCCGAGAACACUACCAACGACGACAAGCUCAUUCUCUAUGGACUCUUCAAGCAAGCUACUGUUGGACCAGUGAACACCAGCCGUCCUGGAAUGUUCAACAUGAAGGAAAAGUACAAGUGGGAUGCAUGGAAGGCUGUUGAAGGGAAAUCGAAGGAGGAAGCAAUGAACGAUUAUAUCACUAAGGUAAAACAGCUGCAAGAGGCUGCUGCUGCAUCUUCUUGAUGUGUGUGUGAAUAGAAAAUGGUGUAAUUUUCAAGCCCUUUGAUACCUAUGGGUUUGAAAAGGUCUAAAACUAUGAAUAAGCAAUGUACUAUGUUUUAUUGCUAUUAAGUUAUAUUAAUGAAUUAUGGUUUAUUUAAA